CCAGGCCGGCACGCGCCGCCGCCUGGGAGGCCGGGCGAGGCCGCAGCGGAGGCGGAGGCCGAGCGCCCUGGGCGGCGCGCGGCCCCCGAAGUCCUUCCUCCCGUUAGACGACGAGCGGUCGAGGGGAGGGGACAGCCAGGCAGGCAGGAAGCUGCGGCUUAAAAGGACUGCCAGCUCCAAGUUCUUCCUCCCUCAGUCCCAGGCCUCCGAGCGCACCUCUUCUGCGGCCCGCUCGCCUCUCGCCUCUACUUUCCGCCAUGUACUGCCGCCUGGGCGAAGCGCUGCUGUUGUCGCGCGCCGGACCCGCUGCGCUGGCCUCUGCGGCCGCCGACUCGGCUGCGCUGCUGGGCUGGGCCCGCGGACAACCCGCCGCCUCCCCGCAGCCGGGAUUCACGCCGCCCUCCCGGCGCCACUACAGCGAGGCGGCUGCCGACCSURAAGACGACCCYAACUUCUUCAASAUGGUGGAGGGCUUCUUCGACCGYGGUGCCAGCAUCGUGGAGGAUAAGCUGGUGGAGGACCUGAAGACCCGGGAGAGUGAGGAACAGAAGCGGAACCGGGUGCGAGGCAUCCUGAGAAUCAUCAAGCCCUGUAACCAUGUGCUGAGCCUCUCCUUCCCCAUUCGACGCGACGACGGUUCCUGGGAGGUCAUCGAGGGCUACCGGGCCCAGCACAGCCAGCACCGCACGCCCUGCAAGGGAGGUAUCCGUUACAGCACUGAUGUGAGUGUAGAUGAAGUAAAAGCGUUGGCUUCUCUGAUGACUUAUAAGUGUGCAGUGGUUGAUGUGCCAUUUGGGGGUGCUAAAGCAGGUGUUAAGAUCAAUCCCAAGAACUAUACAGAUAAUGAAUUGGAAAAGAUCACAAGAAGGUUCACUAUGGAGCUCGCAAAAAAAGGUUUUAUUGGUCCUGGUAUUGAUGUGCCUGCCCCAGACAUGAGCACGGGUGAGCGAGAGAUGUCCUGGAUCGCUGACACCUAUGCCAGCACCAUAGGGCACUAUGAUAUUAAUGCACAUGCCUGUGUUACUGGUAAACCCAUCAGUCAAGGAGGCAUCCAUGGACGCAUUUCUGCUACUGGCCGUGGUGUUUUCCWUGGAAUUGAAAACUUCAUCAAUGAAGCUUCUUACAUGAGCAUUUUAGGAAUGACACCAGGAUUUGGAGAUAAAACAUUUGUGGUUCAGGGUUUUGGUAACGUGGGCCUGCACUCUAUGAGGUAUUUACAUCGUUUUGGUGCUAAAUGUGUUGGUGUUGGUGAAUCUGAUGGGAGUAUAUGGAAUCCAGAUGGUAUUGACCCAAAGGAACUGGAAGAUUUCAAACUGCAACAUGGAUCAAUUCUGCGCUUCCCCAAAGCAAAGAUCUAUGAAGGAAGCAUCUUGGAGGCUGACUGUGACAUACUGAUCCCUGCUGCUAGUGAGAAGCAGUUGACCAAAUCCAAURCACCCAGAGUGAAAGCCAAGAUCAUUGCYGAAGGUGCCAAUGGACCAACCACUCCAGAAGCUGAUAAGAUUUUCCUGGAGAGGAACAUCAUGGUUAUUCCAGAUCUCUACUUAAAUGCUGGCGGAGUGACAGUAUCUUACUUUGAGUGGCUGAAGAAUCUGAAUCAUGUCAGCUAUGGCCGAUUAACCUUCAAAUAUGAAAGGGAUUCUAACUACCACUUGCUCAUGUCUGUUCAAGAGAGCUUAGAAAGAAAAUUUGGAAAGCAUGGCGGAACAAUUCCUAUUGUACCCACCGCAGAGUUCCAGGACAGGAUAUCGGGUGCAUCAGAGAAAGACAUUGUGCAUUCUGGCUUAGCCUACACCAUGGAGCGUUCAGCCAGGCAAAUUAUGCGUACAGCCAUGAAAUAUAACCUGGGCUUGGACCUGAGAACAGCUGCCUAUGUCAAUGCCAUUGAGAAAGUCUUCAAAGUAUACAAUGAAGCUGGCGUGACCUUCACAUARAUGGAUCAUGGUUAACUUCCUCACCACCCUCUGUAACUUCUGCUGACCUAUCACAAGUUUACAUGUAACUGCAGAAAUCUUUCUCUCAUGACUCAUUAAACAAUGGACACUGUUCUAAACAAGUCAAUUUGAUUCAGCCCCUUAAGAAGAAAGAAAUUAAGUUUAGGGGAUCGUAUACAAUCUGAUGAGUGUGAAAGUAGAAAUUACCUAUUCCAGAAAGCCACUUAGGCAAUUUGCUUUUAAAUUAAAAGUAUCUUCCACCUGACUAUGCUGCCUUGCUCCAGGGCUCUUCCCAAAAAUUAAAAAAAAAGGGUUGUUGCCAAGGAAAGCAGUCAAGAACAGUUACUCAGUUUUGCUCUGGCAGGUCUGGGACAUGCUGUAACUUUGAUACAUGUGAGAAUUAGAUAUAUGGUUUUUGAAAGGUGGCAUGGUCCUCAAAUGAGUUAUUGGUAUUUUACAUCUGCAUAAUAACUCAAUUUUAUAAGUUG